CCAGAAAAUUGUACACUAUAUAAAAAUCUUGUUGCUGCAGUGAGAAGCUCAUAAAUAUAUUCAUAAAUAUAUAUUAAAGGCACAAAUAAUAAUAGACAGAUAAAUUUAUUCAUCCCAGAGGGAAAUUCACAUAGUACAGCAGCACAGAGGUAGUAAUUUAACAAAUAAGAAUAAAUUAUAUAUAUAUAGUGUAAACAUUGUAGAUAUAAGCAGCAGACUUAUGUGGAAUUAAAGUGGCAGUGCAAUGCAAACAGUGUCAAAAGUGUAAACAUUAAACAGUGAUUAAAUGAACAGAAAUGUAUUUUUUUUCAUGUAUAUGCACAGCCACUUGUAUUAAUUUCCUCCUUUCUCGUAUCCAGUCUACACAACGCUGUAUAUCCACUCUACACAAUACUGUAUAUCCAGUCUACACAACGCUGUAUAUCCAGACUAUACAAUGCUGUAUAUCCACUCUACACAACGCUGUAUAUCCACUCUACACAACACUGUAUAUAGUGUUGUAUUGAGUGAAUAUCAGAAAGGGGAAAAUGAAUAUAAGUGACCGUGCAUAUACAUAUGGAUGAAAAGAGCAAAGAGCAAAUAUAUAAAGAAGAACACGAUUUUCUUUUUUUUUUAAUUAUUAUUUAUUUAUUUUUUUUAAAUGAAAACAUGAAAAAUCCUGAUUUCUCUUAGCUGGGUGUGUACCAGCAGUUCACACAAUGAACUGAGACGGCUUUGACCUUCUUCACAGCUCUAUAAUAGCUCUUCAAUUAACAAAUGAAGGUGUGACGCGGUGAUUUCCACAGGAUAGCUCCCUGUGUGUGUGUGUGUUCUCUGAUCUUGCUAUUUGAAGUCGGCUAUUGAGCUACUAGGAAAAUGUUUAUUGCGCUGCGGGUGCGAACAAAUUCGAUCAUACUUCAAAUCGUGCAAGGAGGAAACACAACCCUCCCAACAUCAGCGGAAUUCAUUAGCACAAAUUAACUUGGCGUCCCGCCUCGCGCUCUGAUUGGUCCGUUCGAACGCUCUGGUGACGUUUCAGCGUCUCAGCUGAUGCCAGUUUAAAGGGAAGGCGGGAAAUUACAAGCGCUUUAUAAUAACCAUGGCAAGCAGAGGUGUCGUCAAGUAGCUGCGCUUUUUAAACGGAAACAAAAGCACGUUGUGGAGACGCUGCUGUCUUUAUUUGGAAAGAUUCACGACGCACGAUGAUGUUCGAGACCAGCCAAGAUGACCUGCUGCUGUUUCCCUCAGAGGGUAGUGAUGAAGCCUUUUUCCCAGCUGAGAGCUUGGCUAGUGGGGGUCAGUCCCUGGCUGAGGCUUUGCUUCCUCUGGUUGAGUCUCCCUCUCCUCCUCUUAACCCCUGGCUGUGUUCCACCCGCUACAAGACCGAGCUGUGCAGCCGCUAUGCGGAGAGUGGUACCUGCAAGUACGCAGAGCGUUGCCAGUUUGCUCAUGGCCUGCAUGACCUCCACAUGCCCUCUCGCCACCCCAAGUACAAGACAGAGCUGUGCCGCUCCUUCCACACUGCUGGCUACUGCAUGUACGGAAGCCGCUGUCUCUUUGUGCACGGCCUGAAGGAGCAAAGGCCAGUUCGGCACAGAAGGCGCAAUGUACCCUGUCGCACUUACCGUGCCUUUGGUGUUUGCCCCUUUGGCACACGAUGCCACUUCCUGCAUGUUGAGGGUGGUUCAGAGUCGGACUGUGCUGAGGAGAAGACUUGGCAUCCCCGUUCCAGUGAAUGGAAACCCCGUGGUGCCCUCUGCCGUACCUUCAGUGCUUUUGGCUUUUGCCUGUAUGGCACCCGCUGCCGAUUCCAGCAUGGCCUCCCUAAUGCAGUAAAGGGCCUUGAUUCAAGCCAGGCACCCUGGUCACUACAAGUGCCUGGAAGGGCCACCUCUCCUGCCUCAGAAAUGCAAUCUUCCUCUCCACCCUCUUCCUCAGCCUCUUCAUCACCUCAAUCCUUACUGGCCUCCCCUGCGUUCCCUGAUGACUCUGGUCCAGUCACACCCCCAUCUGCGGAAGUGGUGGCCAACAAUGCUUUCACCUUCAGCAGCCAGCACCUGAACGACCUGCUGCUGCCUCUGGCCUUCAGACUCCAACAGCUGGAGCAAGCUUCUAAUCUAGCUGCUGGCAUGCUGGACCAACCACUGCUGCCAUGAUGUUUAUAACCUCACUCCUUUUGUAAAUAAUUCCUUAGACUUUUAAUGAUUGCCACUCUUUUUUUUGUUUUUUGUUUUUUUUGUUUACAAACUUAUGGCCUUGGUUUGAGAUCUUGCAGUCUCAAAGUUUUGAGGGGAAUUAGAUGGUUUUUAUUGGUACUCUGCUAGUAAAGUUGGUCCCAAUUUGUGGCAAGUCUAAUAUAAUGCAUUAGACCAUUUUGCAAGCUGUAUUUUUAACUGGUUGUGUGUAUGGAGCCUUUGGGACACAGUGUGAAUGUCUUUUUUUUAUUUAUGGAUUUUAAUUUAAAUUGUGGUACUUUAAGUUAUUGUUUCAGGAUUAGCAUGGUUUGCAUCCUUUGAUCUUAAUAAAACCACUAACCUUUUGUUAGUGCUGUUCUCAGUGAAACUUGUGCUUUUGUACUCUUGUUCAGUAAACGUGAUCCUGGUCUAUAGAUCUUACACAGCACACUUCUGUAACUCUAGCGCAACUAAAUAAUGGUCUACAUUACACUGCAUGUUCCCAACCCUUGGCUAUACAAGUUACCCUUUCCCUCAUCUCCAGUACUGCACAUUGUAGUGGUCUCAAUGCUC